CUCGUCUUUGUUCACACUUUUCAAGUUCUCGUCUGAUUGAUUGAUUGACUGACUGACUGAGAUUGCUGUCUCUUUCUCAUCCCUUGCCAGUUGCCGUGCUGUGGUCACUCACCCUCGGCACCUUCACUUUCAUUGUUCGACAAGCGAGCGGGUGACUGCGCCUGGUCCUCCCUCCCUUCACUCGACCACCACCACCACCAACCGCCUCGCACGUGCAACACCUGGUGUGAGCAUGGCCAUAUUAUUCUUCCGUUUCCAUCCCUUUGUUCCUGUGCUCCGCGUUCGAAUCAGAGCGGCCUGUCCUCAUUGAUCGAUUCCGAGUUGACCUAGCGGCCUUUUCUUCCUACGAAAUAGACCUCUUUCUGCCGGCCACCGGCAGCUGAGCUGUCCUGUCCCUUACCUCGGCGACCACUGCACACACACCAUGAAGUUUGGUCGCAAUCUCCCUCGAAACCAAGUCCCUGAAUGGGCAUCUGCGUACAUCAACUACAAGGCUUUAAAGAAGCUCAUUCGGGCGGCCGCCGAAGGCGCCAAGCAGGAUGGAGGUCUCGAUCUUGCUGGAUUCUUCUACACCUUGGACCGCAACCUCGAAGACGUGGAUCACUUCUAUAACAAGAAAUUCCAGGAUUUCUCCCGCCGUCUGAAACUCCUCGAAGACCGAUAUGGCACAACCCCCCAGGCUGCGGCCCACCUCGACCCCGACGAGCGCGAAGAUUUGUUGGCCGCCUUGCUGGAGUUACGAGGCCAGCUCCGGAAUCUACAAUGGUACGGUGAGGUGAACCGAAGAGGCUUCAUCAAAAUCACCAAAAAGCUGGACAAGAGAAUCCCUGUUGCCCAUGCUCAGAAAAGAUACCUUGAGCUGAAAGUCGAUCCCGCGGCUUUUGCCACGAACGCCCAGCUCUUUGCUUCCCUGAACAAGGUCAAUGACUGGAUUUCGGUGCUGGGCGAGUCGGCAGCAUCUACAAAUAAUGACGAUGUGGCUUCCAUCUCCUCAACUUCCUUAAAGCGGACGACGUCGCGGCCGUCGCUGAACAUCUCCCCUGAGCAGCUCGCCAAACUAGAAUCGGCCAUUCGGCAGGAUGACGCAGAUGGAUUGGACGAACUGGUGCAACUCUUCACCAAGUCGACAUCCGACGCGUCGGAACCUGCCAUCCAACAGUUCUUGAAGACCCUCCUGCAGAGAGCAAUCUCGAACCGGAGCAGGGCGUGUACGGCACGUCUACUGCGAGAUAUCGUUUUCCUGGACGACCCCGACGACAUCAACCGAAGGAAUUGUAUUCAUCGACUCAUUGUCUCCAUUGGCCGAAAACAAUCCAACCCUGACCCUGAACCACCCGCCGCCGAACCAUACCCUCUUCUCUUGUCUGAGCAUCACAAUUUCAUCACUCCGGCCGCACCGCCUUCUGUCCCAUUCAAGCGGUCGGUCGUGCAGGAAGACCAACGAACUCGCACUCUCACGAGAGAUGACGAUUCGAUUGCUUUCUUCCAAUUCCUUCUGGACAACUUGCAGCCCGUGCAACGGUCGGCACUGCUGGCUCGUGACAGCGCUGGCCGGACCCCGUUGCAUUUCGCGGCCGAAUAUGGCAUCCGAGUCGUGUGUGAGAUCAUCAUCGAACAUCUCCAGGCGUGGAAGCUGUUUGAUGUCUCCGAGGGCAUCGAUGGCCCGCAAUGGCAAGACAACGAGGGCUGGGCUCCGUUGCAUCUUAGUGUCAUCGGCGGUCACCCGUUGACAACAGAGGCGUUGUUGAAGGCUGAACACAAUGCCGCCGUUCAUCCUUCCGAGUCGACCAUUCGAAGAUCGUCGUCCAAAUCGUCGGCGGUCCUUGCUUUGGCGACCAAGGCCAAUUUCGUUGAGAUUGUACGUUUGCUAGUCAAGGCAAAUGUCGACAUCAACUACCAGGACGAACAAGGCGAUACGGCGCUUCAUGUGGCUGCUAGGUUCGGCCAUGUGGAAUGCGCAAGGAUAUUGCUUGAAGGCUCGGACUUUCAAAAGGCCAACACGGAGCUCUGUGAAAAGACAUAUGGAUGGACGCCGUUAUUCAUCGCUUCGGUCGACGGACAUCUCCCCAUUGUGGAGCUGUUGAUCGAACAUGGCGCUGACCUUGAACGCGUCGACACUUCUGGGUGGAAUGCCAAAGAACACGCUGCCUUGAGAGGUCAUAUUGCCAUUGCCCAGAAUCUGGCCAGUUAUAUGCCUGAACCGGAAGGUGAAGGGGGCGAUUCUUCGUCCUCGACGUCGACAUCUCCUCCUGACUCGUCGUCUCUCGCAGAACGGACUUCGAAAGUCCAGACCACCACCGCAAUCAGGAUCAGUGAGCCUGUCAAGGAGUUUGGCCAUCGGUACCUGACGGACAAAAGUAUGAUUCUGGUUAGUCUGGGUUCCAUGGAUACCCGUAAAUCAGUUCGGGCCGUCAACCUCGACCGCAUUCCCUUGUCAAGCGCUCACUCGACUCAACUGGAUACUGCCUUGUCGAUUGUGGUCUCGGCCAAGAGCGCGGAAGGCGAUGCCGAAGUGAUCGAUUUGCCGGUCCAAGACAACAUAUCGACCGAACCGAUUGUGUUCCAUGCCGCGGAUCCAUCCAAGGUCAAGUUGCUCUUUGACCUAAUCCCGACGUAUGCCGGGUCCAAGGAGCGCAUCGUGGGUCGAGCAGUGGCAUUGUUGUCAAGCAUCAAGUCCAGCCUUGGCACGAAGCGAAUGCCUCUACAGGGGGAUGUGACGGUGCCUAUUGUUGCGGCCAAUGAUCUUGAGGUUAUUGGGACGGUGACGUUCAAUUUCCUGGUCAUUACGCCUUUCAAACACCCCAACAUGUCGGUGACGGAGAAUCAAACAUACUGGAAGAGCAUGGCGUCAACCAUGGUAAUUGGCCAUCGGGGACUAGGGAAGAAUCUCGCAGCUGGACGACGGUCACUGCAACUGGGCGAAAACACGAUUCAGUCAUUUAUUGCCGCGGCCAAUUUGGGCGCAUCCUAUGUCGAGUUUGACGUGCAAUUGACCAAGGACCACGUGCCAGUCAUCUAUCAUGAUUUUCUGGUCAGCGAGACGGGCAUCGAUGCACCGGUGCACACAUUGACUCUAGAACAAUUCUUGCAUGUCAACGACAUGCGCACGCCUCGACAGUCCCGACCGGCAUCACCGGUGCCGUUUGAAAGUCCCAAGAUUGCCAGCCUCAAGAACGGCGAGGGAAGGGCAUCACGCCUACGGUCCAUGUCGGUUGGAGGAGGCGACGCGGCAGAGACGAUCGACAUGGUGGAAGAACGGAUGAAACAUACGCGGGAUUUCAAGAAAAAGGGGUUCAAGGGCAACACGCGGGGCAACCACAUCCAAGCGCCGUUUGCGACACUCGAAGAAAUGUUCCACAAAUUGCCGCCCAACGUCGGGUUCAACAUUGAAAUGAAGUACCCGAUGCUGUCGGAGAGCGAGGACGAAGAAAUGGACACGUACGCGGUGGAACUGAAUUCGUUUGUCGAUACCGUCCUGACCAAAGUGUAUGACUUGGGCAAAGGGAGAAAUAUUAUUUUCUCGUCCUUCAACCCGGACAUUUGUCUCUUGUUGUCGUUCAAGCAGCCUAGCAUUCCGGUUUUGUUUCUGACGGAUUCCGGGACCGCGCCUGUGGGAGAUAUCCGCGCCACCAGUCUCCAGGAGGCGAUUCGGUUUGCGUCUCGGUGGAAUUUGCUCGGGGUUGUGAGUGCCGCGGAACCGUUUGUCGCUGCGCCGAGAUUGGUCAGGGUCGUGAAGGAAAGUGGGUUGGUCUGUGUCUCUUAUGGUUCGCUCAACAAUGAUCCGGAGAACGUCAAGUUGCAGGUGAGGCAGGGUAUCGAUGCCGUCAUUGUCGAUAAUGUCUUGGCCAUUCGGCGCGGGUUGACCGGUGGAGAUUCGAAGAAGAAGGAUGGAGUGGGCAGUGGGAAUGACAGAAACGGAAGUAGGAAUGGAAAUGAGGGUGGAAGUGGAGAAGAUUUGGCACGUGAGCAUCAGGAGAAGAAGCUGAACGGGAAUGGUCAAGCCACCAGUGACAACGGUGUUGGUGCCCAAGAGUCCAAAGAGGGUUCCACAGAGGGCGGUGCCGGUCAAGUAAAUGGCGUCUUGACUGAUGAGCCUGACGAGUUGAAGUUGGAGCAGGAGUUGCCCGCGAUCAAGGUCGUCAAUGGCGAAACUGAAUCGGCGGUCGUUGACGAUCAUUGAUGAGGAGGCAGAUGCAGAUGCAGUUGCAGAUGCAGUUUCUUCGUCAGCCCGGUGAAGGUGAGAACCACACGGGACCUUCAAGUGGUGAUUGAUUACUACCUAGGUAGAUAUUUAUUUGUCGUACUAGUAACCUGAUCAAGUGAACAGUGCCAACGAAGGUGGUGGUUGGUAUUUUUAUUCCUAUAGGUUGUGUUGUACCUAGUAAGUGUCUACCUACUCUAUCUAGGGAAAGAAUGGAGUGAUAAGCACAGUUUGAACUCGGGCUUGGGAUGAAGCAAUAUUACUAUAGAGAUCAGAUCCAGGCUCAGGUUGAGCAUUAAUCAAUUUUCUUUUUUUUCAUCCUA